AUGCACAUAUUCACGUGUUUGGGUUAUCAAUACAAAGAUGUCACCGAGACAGACCACCAGAACCGUCACUACUAUGACAUAGACAACAAAAUCAUGAUGUCUUUCACCAAGCAUGCGGCUUCGCUGCCGGGUCUUUUGGCACAGGUGCCGUUAUUCAACAGGGAAAGGAAGAUCAGAGACCUAGAGGCCCAGCUUUGUCGUCAAGCCUCGGUCAUUCGACCGAUUAACAUUCAACAAGCUCAACAAUGGGCUCAUUGGGCUCCCAAGCACGAGGCGAGCCUGACCAUAAUUUCUGGCAGCCACAGUGGUCAUUGCCUACAGCCCGGCGUUGUUGCAAUGGACAUGACCGCCUUGGACGAUAUAGCUAUCACUGCAUUUAACAACCUAGGAAAAAACAGGAGAGAUAAUUCGCAACACCUUAACAUGAGACUUGACAGUGCCCUUUGGAUCCGGUCCGAGUGUGGAUGCAAGGCUGUGGCUCUAGGAUGGAAUCGACCACAUCUCGAGAAUGUAUGGACUUACUUCCGACGCCAUUGUCGGUGCUAUGAUGGUCGAGGUUUGUUCCGGCCAGAUUUUGGUGGGUUGGCCAUUUUCCGCCAGGAAACACCACCGAACGAAGAGAAUAUCUUCUGGGCAAUCAAGGGUGCUGGCACUAACUUCGGGAUCGUGAUCAGCGUCACUUUCAAGGCCCAGACGGCCCCAGCCUUCAAGACUAAACCCAAGAUUUCGCCCUUUGACGACAGAAUCGCAGCACAAUGCAAGCUUCGUGGAUUUGCCGCAAUAGAGCUACCUCACGAGAUUUCUACAGAUGCAUAUCUGUACUGGGAUGACGGUAAGCUACACAUUGGCGAGAUAUCAUUCGAAUGCUAUCCAGCUAGGCUGACCUUCGAAAGGGCAUCUCGGCCUAGUAAGACGGUGCCCAUCAAUGCAGCUCCGAAGCUUGACAGCGAUUCCAUCGGUUCUGAAUCUACUCUCGUGUAUAACGUCGGUUUGUUCCAAAGCGAGCUGUACAUGUCUGUAAUGCACGGCGGGCAUGGCGGCGAGAAUACUUACUCAUUCAAGCGAUGUGUUUUUCUAAAGGAUAUCGGGGACCCUAUCGUGGCUACUGCUUUGAUAGAAGCAAUCGAGACCCGUCCAACACCUCAAUACUAUCUCCAUCUGCUUCACGGUGGUGGUGCGGUGGGCGACAUUGGUGUCACUGCCACUGCUUUUGGAUGUCGAGACUGGAAUUUUGCAUGUGUCCUAACCGGUAUCUGGAACCGAAAUGAGGAUCAGACGGGCAUUUCUCGAGUCGCUGAAGAGUGGAUAUACCAGGUCGUUGAGAGUUUCCUGCCAUUAAGUAGCGGAUUUUAUGCUGCAGACCUUGGUUUAGACCCCAGAGACGCUUUACUUGCAGCGCACGCAUUUGGUCCAAAUCAGGAACGACUGCUUGAUCUGGAGAAGACCUGGGAUCCUCACAAUAUUCUUCCAUAUUCUUGUCCAUUCAUUACCAAGGGGCCACAGGUAAUUUUCAUGACUACGGGCAAAAGCGGCGCUGGAAAAGGCUUUUGUGCUAUAAUCUGGGCUUCUCCCUCUGUGCUUUAUCCUGAUCGAGUUAUUUUCACAAGAGUUAUCAGUGCCAGCGAGGUUAUCAAGAAGGAAUACGCGGAGGCCACUGGGGCUGAUCUAACUCGUUUGCUUCAUGACCGCGCCUACAAAGAACAUCACCGAUCAGCUUUGUCGGAGUUUUUCAAAGCUCAGAAGCAAAGUCGUGCUGGUCUAUCAGAAGAGCAUUUUCCGCGCGUAGUCGCUAGCGUAAGUGAUGUGGAUGUCUUAUUCAUCACCGGGAUGAGAGAUGAGGCACCAGUUGCCACCUUCUCGCUUUCAGUGCCAGACAGUAGAAACUUUGAAAGUCGGGUCGAAGCCAGCAGAGAAGCAAGAAAUUCCCGUUCAGACUGUCAGGGCGAAGAAGACCAGAUUUCAAACCAAACAAACGUGCGCGACCGCCCAUGUCUGAUUUUGGACAACGAGAGGGCCGGGGCAGAGCAGCGGAACUAUUUGCCCAAGAUUGCUUAUUUCGCAGAUUUGAUAAACGGCUUCAGCAACUGCAAGGUGUGGUGCCUCUUGUUCCCGAUUUUCCACGCUCAGGGAUCCAAUUUCAUAGGUGGACUUCCUUUGUGUGUAUCGCUGCUGCUUGACCAACGUCGUCAUGAGUGGUUGAAUGGCAACGGAGAUGUGACAUUCUGUGAGACUGGAGGUUUCAUUUUUGCUUCAGCAUUCGCUGCAAAAUAUAACGUUCGUUCGGCUUUGAUCCGCGAAGGUGGGAAGUUGCCUCCGCCCACCAUUUCGGUUCCGAAGCCAGUCGCAUAUCUUGUCGUCGUCUAUUUCUUCCCAAGAUCGGCCGAGAUAGUAUUCGCAAAGGCCGGCGUCAGCGACGAGAACAUUUGGGUUAUGGUCGUAGCUGAGUUCCCUUUGCACCGAGGCCGAGAACUUUCAUGCAAAAGUGGAUUCGGAAACAUUCCUAUACAAAGCCUUCUGGUUUUUGAUGGUGAUUAA